AUGAUAUUCACACUGCCAUCACAGUCUGAAGAGAAGGAUGCUACCAGAAACGAGACAGAGAACAAGCAGAAUGCGCCCAAAAUAGCGAAGAAAGAGGGCGAUUACGAGCCACUGCUUGACGAAGACCAAAAGAGGUACGUGAUGUUUCCAAUUCAGUAUCCUGAGAUCUGGGAGUUCUACAAGAAGCACGAGUCCACCUUCUGGACCGUAGAAGAGGUCGACAUGACAUUUGAUCUCCAGCAUUUCAACUCCCUUAAUGCAAAUGAACAGUACUUCAUCAAGCACGUUCUUGCCUUCUUUGCUGCCUCAGAUGGAAUUGUAAAUGAGAACCUGGCCGAAAGGUUCUCCAACGACGUGACUGUGCUUGAAGCCAAGUGCUUCUACGGGUUUCAGAUUGCAAUUGAGAACAUCCACUCUGAGAUGUACAGCAAGCUGAUUGAGACACUGGUUUGCGAUAAAACGGAACAAGACUUCCUAUUUAAUGCAGUUGACAAUAUUCCAGCAAUACGAAAGAAGGCAGAUUGGGCAAUGAGGUGGAUUGAGUCUGCUGAAUCAUUUGAUACGAGAAUGGUUGCAUUUGCCUGUGUUGAGGGAAUUUUCUUUAGUGGAUCAUUUGCUGCCAUAUUCUGGAUGAAGAAGAGGGGAUUGAUGCCUGGUUUGUGCUUCUCAAAUGAGCUGAUUAGCAGGGACGAGGGACUCCAUUGCGACUUCGCCUGUCUCCUUCACAAAUACAUCAACAAAAAGUGCAAGAACAUCACUCAGAUCGUGAAAGAGGCCGUUGUGAUCGAGAAGGAGUUUCUGACUGAGUCAUUGCCAGUUGACCUGAUUGGGAUGAACUCGAAGUUGAUGAGCCAAUAUAUUGAGUUUGUAGCAGACAGGCUGCUCUACGCAUUGGGGGAGUCAAAGGUGUUCAAUGCUGAGAAUCCAUUUGAUUUCAUGGACAACCUGAGUCUCCAGGGAAAGACGAACUUCUUCGAUAAGCGAGAGGCAAACUACCAGAAAGGAUACGUUGGAAUUGAAAACAACUUCGAAUUUAAGUUGGACGAGGAAUUCUAA